AUUUGCCAAAUAUUUUUCUAGUACGUUGAGAACUAAGAGGAAUGAAGUUAUUGGUGCUCGUUUUCAUAUGUGCAGUCGCCGUGAAUCUUGCUGGGGGGCAAUGCACCGUCAAUAUUAGAGACAAUCUUCAGUCACCAGAACCGGUAUUUUUCCGCAGUUCUCAAUUAUGGUCUCCGGAUGGCGCAGCGUUGAUGUGGAACUCUGGUGAAUCAUCGGCGAUUUCCUGUCAAAGUGGUCAAAUUAAUGGAUUCGACACCUCGAACGCCGACAUAACGUGCCAGUCUGGCACUAGUUUUACGAUAGGUGGUACAUCAGUAGAUUCGAGUGCAUUAACCUGUACCCAACGUAUAACCGGCGAAAUUGAUAUUACAUCAAACGAUUGCGCUAAUGGGGCCGGCCAGUUACGUAACAUUGGGUUUAGAACAGCGGAUGGGCAACUGGUAACUUAUAUCCAAUCCUGCUAUAAUGUGAAUAGGGCAUCCGUUAUCUAUACUCGACACAUAAUUCCGGGCCGAGCAAUCAAUUAUGCGAUCCAGGAGUCUUAUCGACCGUCCUUUAAGGUAGCGGGCACAGCAGAUCAUGUCAGCCCUGCUACUUCCUAUACGACAGCGCAACAAAGCAUUCGUUUGGCUAAUAUACUGGGUUCCCAGGAGCAAGCAGACAAGUUCAUUACUUCGAGUUCGUACAUGUCACGUGGUCACUUAGCUCCAGAUGCGGAUGGCAUUUUCCGCCCUUGGCAAUGGGCCACAUACUUUUAUGUCAAUGUAGCUCCCCAGUGGCAGGUGGUUAAUGCCGGGAACUGGUUAAUAAUUGAGGGUGCAACUCGUAACAUAGCUGGUCGGCUUAAGGAGGAUGUCAUCAUAUUCAAUGGAGCUCACGACGUUAUGACAUUACCCCAUGUGAACGGUCAACAAAUACCAAUCACUCUCGAGGACGGUGGAAUCGAAGCUCCCAAGUGGUACUGGAAAAUUAUCAAAUCACCCGGCACAAACUCCGGCAUCGCCUUGAUUACCAACAAUGAUCCCUUCCGAACUAGUAUCUCGUCAGAUGAAAUGAUGUGUUCGGACGUUUGCAGUGCAUAUGGUUGGGAUAAUGUCAACUAUGCUAAUUUCGCCAGAGGUUACACCUACUGCUGUACGGUUGCAGAUUUGAUGAGUGCAAUUCCAGCGAUUCCUAGUGAUGCAGCGGUUUCCAAUGUGUUACAUUAUUAGGUAGCAGAGGCUAAUCUGUACAAUAUCGGUACGGUUUCAGAUAUGUUCCCUAACAUACGUGAACAAAAAAUAGCAUUCGAAACAGAAA